AGAGAUCCCUGUCAUUAAGGAACAUCUUCCACAAACUCAAAACAACAUCUAUGAAAUCUCUCUUCCAAAAAUGAAGUCCAGCACCAGGGAUAGUCUCUUCAAUUCCCCCCAGAACACAGAGCUCAGCUAUGAAGAUCAACAUGAGCAGAGUGGUCAACAAGUGGUCUUACAACAAGAAAUGAGACCUGAGGACAAAGAAGACGAGAUUCUUGACUUGGAUCAUCCUGAUGUGAAGGUUGAAAAUGGAUGGAAGAAGUUAGAUCCCACGGAAGAUCACUCUCAGUGCAUGGCCAAAUCUAUAAAUGGAAGGACAGAUCACUGGACACCACGCCCAAACAGAGAAUCCAAGUUGGAAGUGCUCAAAUCUGGCUCACUCUAUGACAUCCGGGCUUACAAAGGGGAGAAGAAACCUUCCAGACUCUAUGAAGAAGACAAUGAAGAGUUUCAGUAUAAGAUUCCCUCCAAGGAUGUCUCACCAGAAAUAGCCAAAGAACUGGAAGAUGAACGGCAGGAGAUUAUCAGGAGACAAGUUGUGAGAAAAAGCAACACAAUGGCAGAAAAAUGGAGCUCCAUGAAUGAGUUGGAAGCCGUUGACACGUCCUCUCUUGGCAAAGUUACAACAGAACCCAGGAAGAACUACCCCACUAGCUUUGCUCUUUGUUUUGACAAUGCUUCCCCAGACUGGACAACCAUCCCUGUCAAUCCUGAAAACAUAGACACAGAACAGAUAAAUUUUGCUGCUGCCCGACAGCAGUUUCUUGCACUGGAAAAGACUAAUCCAAAGAUGUUGAUGGAACCCAAGAGACACAUUCCUUCUCCCUGGGAGCUGAAUGCAACAAGCCACGUUUUUGGGAGCAAAGAACCUCAGAAUCCUGAAAUGCCGAGGAUGGAUAAGGAAUUUGAUGAGUACAGCCAGAGACAAUUGAGAGAAAACUCAAUGGGAGGAAACCUUCUCAUUCUCCCCCAAGGAGAAGCCAGUUCUUAUUCAGAGACUACUUUCAUUUCUGCUGAAAAGAUGCCCUCUGGCUUGGAGGUUGAUAUGAGCCCAGGGAAUGUUAAUGAGAGGACAUCCAAGAAAGAAUCAGGAAAUUCUCUGGCCAGGGGCCAAGAUCCUGCAAAAGAGCCAGAAGUUAGGAAUGAGACCCCCAUUGAGCGGGAAAUCAGGUUGGCCAUGGAGAGGGAAGAGAACCUUUGGAAGGAGAGGGGCAUCCAGCGGAUCAGUACCAGAGAUGAUCUGGUGGAGAUCCGAUCCAAGCCGCUCCUCUCCUCCCCAGUCUCUUCUCCAGCUUCCUCCAGGAAAGGGAAGGAUAAACCUCACAUUUCCUUUUAUGUCCAGAGGGAGAUUGAGCAGGAAGCCAAGCGUGAGGAGGACCUGCAAAAGGAAGGGAGGUUGCUGGGAAUGUAUGACCGAGGACUUCGCCAAGAGCUUGCAGAACGUCGGAAAAUAUUUGAGCGGGAGGAGGAAGAGGCUCCCCUGCCUUCUCUGGGCAAACAAAAGAAACAGGGGGAGCUGCUGGAGACCCUGCAUACAGACUCUGCACCACUCUGUUGCAAUGUUGUCCCACCCAGAGAGGACAGAGAAAGAAUGGCAAGCCAGAAUGUGAACUGGAGCUCGGAGAUCCAUCAGCCCUCUUCAGUUCCAGUUGUUGGCAAGAAAACCCCAGGAAAUGAACCAGCCUUAAAAACGUGCUCCAGUGCUUUUCUCCCAAAGAUGGAUUUCCAUAGCCGAAGCCCUCCCUUUAGCCAAGGUUUGAAAGUUCCAAGGGACAAGUUUGUGUUAAAGAAGGAACAUUUUGCCAUUCCGGUUCGGAAAUGCCAAUUCUCUUUUCCUGAAGAUCAGGGACCCCAAAGCCUUCAGAGGAAAGAGCAUAAGCCUCAGAAAGCAGCUCCACGGGAGGAGCUCUAUACGCUGAAGACAUGGCGGCCCCGGACAUCCAUUCUGAUUGACCAGGAGAUCCAGGAUGCUUUGCAAAGAGAACUGGAACUUCAAGAGCAGAGGAAAAAAAUCAGUUUGACUGCACAGGAGCUCCCAAGUUCACGGGUGUCGUCCCAAAGUUCAGCUGCAUCAGGAGAUACUGGCUGGUACUCUGUCUCCUCUUCACCUGUUUUUGUUCCUAAUUCGCCUGUGAGGUUACCUACUUCACCCAUCCUAUACCGAGCAAGUUUGACAACAAACUCCCCUGAAUCAAGCUUCAGAAGGUGCCAGAGUCCAACACAAUCCAGGAUAAGACCAAAGGAGGAUAGGAAGUAUGCUGGUAUCGAACUGAACGAUGAGAUUGACACUGAGGUUGUGAAAUCCAUCAAGCCGAUCUGCCGGAGGAGCGCCCUGGCUCAGCUUUGGGAAACAGGGCAGAUCCGGAACAUAGACGAUGACAGCGACUGAUGAAACCGUCCCCAAUGUGUUAUGCAAUUCAAGCAAGGAAUCAGAUCUGCCAAAACGACUCUGGGCAUGGUGCCAGCAAGGCUUCCUUCUGAGUUCUACACAUUUAAAACUUCCUUCCACCUCUCUUUUAAUUU